AAUGUCCUAUUCUAGAAAUUGGUUUAGUAAAAAUAAUAGAAUCAAAAGUCAAGCUUAGUCCUGUAUAUAAAUGUUAACACUUAUUGCAAGAGCUUCUCAUCUGAUAUAUCUAACUCAUAUCCAAAAUGAAUAAGAAGUGUGUUGUGUCUCUGUGUAUUGCGUUAUGGUGUGUUACCAUAACUAUAGGCCCUGUGUUUGGUUCAGAGGAAGAGUGUGAUUUUCCGGCAAUCUUCAACUUCGGCGACUCCAAUUCAGACACAGGCGGAUUGGCCUCUGCCUUUCCAGCAUUUCUGAACCCUCCUUAUGGGGACACCUUUUUUGGUGAGCCUUCUGGAAGAUUUUCAGAUGGCCGACUCAUUAUCGAUUUCAUUGCGGAGAGUUUCCAACUGCCGUACUUGAGCGCAUACCUAGAUUCCAUUGGAACAAGCUAUAUCCACGGUGCAAAUUUUGCCACGUCAGCUUCAACCAUCAGACUUCCGAAUCGCAUCAUACCAGGAGGUGGCUUUAGUCCCUUCUUUCUCGACAUUCAAUACACCCAACUCGUUAGACUCAAGUCCAAGUCUUCUUCAACCACUACUAGAAAAACAGGGAAAAGUGAGAAAAGAUUGAGAUUGACGCCGAAAGAGGAGGAUUUUAAGAAGGCUUUGUACACAUUUGAUAUCGGUCAAAAUGAUCUGGGCCAGGGCUUUUUUGGUAACAUGUCCAUACAAGAAGUCAAUGCAACCGCUCCCGACAUUGUCAACACUUUCUCAAACAACUUUAAGAAUAUAUACAACAUUUCAGGGGGCAAAUCAUUUUGGAUUCACAACACAGGGCCAAUAGGUUGCCUUCCCUACAUUUUGGAGAAUUUUCAGUCAGCUGAAAGAGACGAGGUUGGGUGCGCAAAGCCUUUCAAUGAAGUAGCUCAGUACUUUAACCACGUUUUGAAGCAAGCGGUAGCUCAGCUCAGGAACGACUUUCCUUCCGCUUCAAUCACAUAUGUGGAUGUCUACUCCGCCAAAUACUCCUUGUUUACACAUCCUGAAAAAUAUGGAUUUGAACAACCCUUGGUGGCUUGUUGUGGGUAUGGAGGGAAGUACAACUAUAGUGUUGGAUGUGGAGGAACAACAACUACUGUUAAUGGAACACAAAUAACUGUGGGUUCGUGCAGACGACCCUUUGUUAAAGUUAAUUGGGAUGGAAUUCAUUACACUGAGGCAGCUAACAAGCAUGUGUUCGACAAAAUAUCAACUGGGGCUUUCUCUCAUCCACCUCGUCCUUUGAAAAGGGCAUGCUACAACUCUUAUUAGGUUAAAUAACUAUGGACACUUGCUUCAUGUAAUGUUUUGAUGUUGGUUUUGUAAUAAAGUAAAAUGAUGAUGAUGAAAAUUUUCUCGAGGUAUACCUCAUGAUUCUAGAAAGUAUUCAUCAUCUAUUUAUUAACUUUUACAAAUAAUAAUAAAAAUAUAAAAUGUUACUAAAUCUUAAA